AUGGACGGAAAGCGAAUAAGAGAUGAAAUCAAUGAGCUUCAACAAAAAAGUAAAGCCCAAGACAGUGAGAUUCAGCAACUUCAAAACGAAAAUGACGGCAUGAACACCGAGAUGCAAUAUAUUACACAAGACAACUUGAACAAAAACAGCAUGAUACUUCACCUGUUUCAAGAAAACAACCACCGAAAAAAAGAAAUUGAACAACUUCGUGGACAAAACAACAAGAAUGAAAAAAUCCGUGAGGAACUUUGUCAAGGAAACAACAACGAAACCAACGUCGUUGAGCAACUUCUCCAAGAAAAUAGCGACAAUAACAAGGAAAUCAAACGACUUUUUCAGGUAAAUAGUGACAUGAAUAAUGAAAUCGCGUUACUUCGUCAAGAGAACAACACAAAGAAUAAAGAAGUCGAGGAGCGUCGUCAAGAAAACUACCAAAAAGAAAAGGAAAUCGAGCAACUUCGCGAAGGAGACAACAAAAAAAAUAACGAAAUUGAGGAACUUCGUAAAUAUAAAAGCGUAAGCCAUGACCAAAUUGAGCAACUUCGUUAUGAGAUCACCAACAAAAAUAACGAAAUCAUGCGACUUCGUCAAGAAAAUAGCAACAAAAAAGACGAAAUUGAACAAGUUCGUCGAGAAAAUAACGACAAGAGUAAAAAAAUUGAAAACAUUGAUCAAAUUAACAAAAUGAUGGAUAAAGUAAUUGAUCAACUAAGGGAAGAAACCAUAAGCAAAAGUACCGAAAUUGACCAACUUAAGGUGGAAAACAGCGCCGAAAUUAAAAAACUCCGUCAGCAAAACAACUGCAAUAACAAGAAAAUUUGUCAUCUACAAGAACAAAUUAAGGAAAUGGUUGAUCUAACUACGGGACUUCGCCAAGAAAACCAAAACCAAAAUGACAAAAUCCAGCAACUUGAUCGUGAAAACGAAGACAAAAACAUAGAAAUAGAGAAACUUCGUCAAUCUAUCAACGAAUUGAAUGACGCAAUUGUAAAUCUUAGUCAUGAAAACAAUAAAAAGAACGAGGAAAUCAAACAAAUUCGUGAAACAAACGCCAUCAAAAACGAUAACGAGUCUACGAAACCUCGUCAGGAAAACAACGAUGAGAAUAAAGGAGAUGAUAAGAUCAGAACGGAGAUUACCAUUCAGCUACUUCAGGAAGAAGGAAAUGAGAUGAGCCAUGAAAUUCAGCAACUUUGGGACAGUAUAGACCAGAUGAACAAUGAAAUUCAGCAACACCAGAGAGAAAAGAAUGAGAUGAGUAAUGAAAUACAGCGUCUUCAGGAAGAAAGAAAUGGGAUGAGCAAUGAAAUUCAGCAACACCAGAGAGAAAAGAAUGAGAUGAGUAAUGAAAUACAGCGUCUUCAGGAAGAAAGAAAUGGGAUGAGCAAUGAAAUUCAGCAACAUCAGAGAGAAAAGAAGGAGAUGAGUAAUGAGAUACAGCGUCUUCAGGAAGAAAGAAAUGGGAUGAGCAAUGAAAUUCAGCAACAUCAGAGAGAAAAGAAGGAGAUGAGUAAUGAGAUACAGCGUCUUCAGGAAGAAAGAAAUGGGAUGAAGCAUGAAAUUCAGCAACUUCGAAGACAUAUCGACAAUAUGACAUCAGACGCUACGUCUAGGGUUGAAGAAGGUGCCGUAGUGGUUUCAACUAAUGUACUCGGACUAGGGGCUUAUGGCACUGUAUACAAGGGAGAUUUUCAUGGAUCCAAAGUAGCGGUUAGAGAAUACCACGAAGUUAUUAUAUCUGAUUGUAACUUGCAACUUCUCCAACGCGAGAACUGA